CUUAAGUAAUUCCAGUCGUGGAGGGACGGAAGGCAAUCCGACUUUGCCGGCAUGCCGCCCAAGAAAAAGGGUUCGGCGGACCGUCAGGACAACAACACUGAGGUGGAAAAAAAUGCACAGGUGCAACUUGAAAAGGCAAAGUACAAACCUGUUGCGUUUGCUGUGCGUGCAAAUUACACCUACACUCCUGCCGAUGAUGACAAUGUGCCCAUGCCUGGACAUGGUGUGACCUUUGAGGCCAAAGACUUCCUGCAUGUUAAAGAGAAGUUUAACAAUGAGUGGUGGAUUGGCCGGCCGGUGAAGGAGGGUGGUGAGGUGGGCUUCAUCCCUAGCCCUGUCAACCUGGAGACCAUUCUGAUCAGACGAGAAGUGCAAGCCCGCAAGGCUGCCAAGGCGCUAGCCAAUAAAUUAGCUGCGGCUGCCGCCACGGGGGACACUUCAAAGAAACCUCCCCCUCCUCCUGCGGCAGUUGGUUUAGAGGGCUGUGAGCCUGAGCCGGGAGACUACGAGCCUCGAGCCCUGGCCCACUCUACUAGGGCCAGUCCCACCCCAGUCCCGUCCCCCUUAGGCAAAGACAAAAGAGGGGCCUUCCUUAAGAAGGGGGAACAACUGGCUGCAUAUGAUGUCGUGCCUUCCAUGCGUCCUGUAGUUCUUAUGGGCCCCUCACUAAAGGGUUAUGAGGUGACAGACAUGAUGCAAAAAGCUCUGUUUGACUUCCUGAAACAUCGCUUUGAGGGGAGGAUAUCCAUAACUCGGGUGACCGCUGACAUCGCCCUUGCAAAACGUUCAAUACUCAACAACCCAGGCAAACAUGGCCUAGUAGAUCGCUCCAACACACGCUCAAGUUUAGCCCAGAUCCAGGGCGAGGUGGAGAGGAUCUUUGAGCUGGCCCGCAGCCUGCAGCUGGUGGUGCUGGACGCGGACACCAUCAACCACCCUCUCCAGCUCAGCAAGACCUCCCUGGCUCCCAUUUUGGUCUACGUGAAGAUCUCCUCGCCUAAGGUUCUGACCAGAUUGAUCAAGACCAGGGGCAAAUCUCAGACCAAACAUCUGAAUGUCCAGAUGGUGGCAGCUGACAAACUGGCCCAGUGUCCAAAUGAGAUAUUUGACGUCAUCUUGGAUGAGAAUCAGCUGUCUGACGCCUGUGAGCACAUCGCGGACUACCUUGAGUCGUACUGGAAGGCCACCCAUCCCCCAGAGAUGGAGCCUGCCAACCCCAUGCUGGAGAAGUUGGCGGAGAACACCCUCCCCAUCAGCCCAGCAAAGGAAGAGCCCAAAAGUAAGAAAAUGGUUGCCACCAAGCGGAAAGGAUCCCAAGAGAACAGUCCUGACCAGCAGCUGCCUGAGCCGCGGGAGGAGGAGGAGGAGGAGAGGCUGGACGAGGAGGAGGAGGACGACGAGGAGAGGCCGCUGAGAGGCGAGUCCAAGCGGCCUCAGCACGUCCACCACCACCACCACCAUCGCCACCGCGCCUCCGCCUCCGCCUCCGCGGCCAGGCCCGAGCACCACAACCACCAGGCCCCGCAGACGCUGGACGUGGAGCUGCUGCCGGGCCGCGAGUCCGUCUACUCCGAGUCGCGCCGGCGCUGCGUGCUCCUGGAGGAGGACGACGAGCCGGCCGGCGAGGUGUACCACAACACCGUCAGCCACAGGGACCACAACCACCACCACCACAACCACCAACACCACCGGCACCACCACCAACAACAACAACAACGGGCCGGCGGCGGCGGCGGCGGCGGAGGUGCCAGCGAGGCCCUGGUGAUGGAGGACCACCACUACCAGGGCCGGGACUACGAGCUCGAGCACAACGAGCGCAACCGGCAACACCGGCAGCACCCGAGCCAGCUCCGCUCACAGCACGAACACCACCACGGCCACCACAACCACUACCACUACCCGGGCAGGGACGGGGGCCGAGACAGGGACAGGGACAGGGACAGGGACAGGGACAGGGACAGGGACAGGGACAGGGACAGGGAGGUCAGACGCGGAGACGCCGGGGAGUGGUCCAGAGAGAUGUACAUUCAUCAGUGAGCGCAGCUGCAUUUGCACAAAACUUUUGCUCUCAGGUUGGAGACUUGCAUUUCCUCUCCCUGGUUUUGUUUUGUUUUGUUUUGUUUUGUUUUGUUUGGUUUCUCCUCAUCUUCCUCUUCUCGUCUGUCUUUGUUUGUUUGUCAAGGUUUCAUUCAACUGGUCAGGGGACUAAAGGAGUUCUGACCCUACAUUGUGCCAGUGUUUAUGGAUGUCACAGAUUUUAUGCUAUGGAAAUAAAAUCGGUCAUUGAAUGCUGUUGGAACAUUAUAGCCUAGUAUAAUCUGCAAUAGUCAGUGCAUAUUUCAUUUUUACUGUCCUUACAAAUCAGUAUCAAUCAAUUCAAUAAUUAGGUCUGGUUUAGUAUAUCAAGCAAGGGUUAGGACAUAAACCAUCCACAUAUCAGAGAAACCGAGGGAUCACUGUAGUGCUCAAAUAUUGGCUCAACAUUAAAACAGUGAAUUCACCUCAGCUCAUGUCAGACACGAUUACUGAGCACAAUUUGGCUGCUCUAACAAAAUUGUUAUUUUUUUUAAUUUAGAGGAAUGAUUACAGUUUUUCUUGAUUGCUUUGAUGCAACAGUCAACUCAAACUCCAUUUUUUCAAAACAGUUAACACACACUACUAGAAUAUAAAAAAAAUAAAAAAAUAAAAUCUAUUCCAGUACAUAAGGUGUAACAACACAGACACUGCACCUUUUAAGGCCUGCUGACUGAUUGCUAAUUGAAGAUCUGUGUGAAGGAGUGUCGAACAGGUGCUCCAUUGAUUUCAUACUGAUGUAGGUAGUUUCUAAUAGUUAGGAACAGAUGGUUUCUGUUUGGUUACCAUAGCUAAAACAAUGGAGUUUGGACUGUUUCAAUGACAUUCUGUGUUAACUGUUUUGCAAAAGGGUGGGGAAAAUAUGUCAAUCCAAUGAGAAAGGGUUAAAACAUUUGCAAGAGUUGUCUUCUGCUCUGCUGAGACAGUUAUGAUGAAAACCGAGUGUUUCCAGGUUUCUUUAGGCAAUCAAGAAAAACUGUAAUGCAUAUUAUUGGCUCUUGGUAUUAUAAAAAAAAAGACUAUGGCUCUUGGCACUCAUACACACAAGUAUCAAGUCUGAGUUCAUAUAAAUGGAAAGAUUUGUGAUGUUGCAGCCAAAAAGGUGUAGAGCAUUUCCUCAACCAUGCAGAAGAGGGUGCCUCAGUGACCAAGUUCCCUUGGCCAGGUGCCAGUGACACCAAACAAGAUGUGAUGUGAUAGUGCCCUCUUGAGGCAGUAGUGGUUUGUUGACUUAGGCUUGUGACUGAAAAAUGCGUUUCUUCCAUUAGACUUAGUUCUCCAUUUUCUUUCCUGUGAGCCAAACUCGCCACUGAAUUGUUUUGAACUGUUCUAUAUUGAAAACAAAGUAAAUUAAUGCACAUGAAGGUGUGUUAGCUCUUACUGUAUGCCAUUGCAUAUAUUAUGCAUUAUGAAUGCACACCACAACAGUAAUAAACUUGAUUUGUAUUAGACAAAUGAAGAACAUGCGUUGAUUAUGCUGUGUAACAUUUAGUGCCGUGUUUAGCUUUCAUAACGUCCGUUUUAUAUUUAACUUCAUUUUAGCAAUGGGUAAUUGAAACUACCCAGUGUGCACGGAAGUGGUAUUGAUGCUUCAGUAUACUAAUGCAAACAUCAACUCAAUUAUUCACUUUUAUUUUCUGUUGGUGAUGUGGCAAUGUUUGCCUGUUGAGCUACCCUUAACACUAUCCUUUAAAGCAUCUAUGCACGCAAAAGAUCACAGUUACAUCAGCUACAGUGUCCAAUGUCUCAGUAUUGUCUCUAACUAAUAACACGAAGAAUGUGGGUGUGUGAGUGUAGUCAUGUCAAGAAUUUGAUGUUCUAUUGUGCCCUUUGUGUAAUACCAAAAAGUAUGUGCACGAGCCAUUCACAAUAAGGAAAUAACAUGGCUUGACCUACGGUAGCCUACCUUUCAUUUUGGUCAAGACCACCCCUGGACACUUUCAAUCAUAGCGUGGUUAUAACAGACAUAACAGUGUGCGUCUGCAAGUAUGUUCAUUUGCAAAAGGUUUAUUGUAUGCCACAGAUUUCCCCCAAUCAUUUUGAGCCCAGGUUCAUUAUUUAUUUAUUUAUAUUUGUGCCAUUCAAAGUGAAAAUAAAUCCAUUAUGCACUGUUUAUUAAUGGCAUUAUUGCAUUAGUUGCAUUCUGUCACAAAACAUUCAAAUCUCGCAACUGAUCUAUUCACUCAUAAUGAUUAAUGACAGAUGACUGUGUUUUCAUUUUAAUUUCAUACUGUAGCAAGCAUCCUAGCAACUGUGUUUCCAUUUUAAUCACAGUACUGAAACUGAUCUAUGUAACAAAUGAAUGUGUGUGUGUGUGUGUGUGUGUAUAUAUAUAUAUAUGUGUACACACACACACAUACACACACACACAACUAUGUUGUUUGAGAGCUUCCUACUUUUAUACAGGAGGAGUCCAAGCACUGGAACAUGUACUAUGUAUUAGGCUGUUAUUUGGGAGCAUGAUCCCUAUUUUUUAAUCACAUGGACACUGUGUUUAAUCCUCUAUGCAUAAAUUUGUGACAACAAUAUAGCUUGAAUCCUAUUUCUAUGCAUUUGUAUAUAUGUCAUAAAUGCCUUUGUAGAUAUGGAAAUCAGAGUGAGCACUGAAAGCACCUGUCUUAACUCCAAAACCAGAGGUAUUUUCAUUUAUUCAGCAAGUAUCGGAGAAGGAGCAAGUUCCCGAUUAAAUGUCUUUUAAUGUACAA